AUGCACGUCCGAGUUGCAUCGGCGUCGCCGGGUCCUGGGGCGAUCCAAAUCGGACAAAUGCCUCAGGCCAAAUGGUUGCGACAUCGGCAGUUUUUUUUGGCAAGCAGUCAGGUGGUCGGGAACACACCCCUCACCGCACCAAACAUGGAUGGUGGUUCCAUUGGUGAUGUGUCGUUCUUCGGCCCCCAAAGACACAAGGGUUAUGUCAAGGAGGGAGGAAGCUGCAGAGCCUUGCCUGAAGAGCAUGGCCGCGCAUGGUAA